AUGUCUUUUAAAACAGUGAAACAAACAGAAGUUAAUGUUGGAACCAUUAAUGUAAAUUUAAUUGAAUUAGGUAUUGGAAAAGUGGUUAUUGAUGGAAUUGUAACCAAUUUUUAUAAAUCAACAGAAAGAUUUGAUUUAUCAUUCUCUGGUAUUCCAAAAGUUGUUGCAUGUAUUAGAAAUAUUGAACCAUUUAAUCAAUUAAAUGGUGCUAAUAAAAUUUGUGGUAUAAAUAGUAGUAAUAAUAAUAAUAAUAAUAAUAAUUAUCAAAUUUCAAUAAAAUCUAAUAUUAGUAAUAUUACAUGUGAUGGAUUUGAUUAUGAAUGUGAAAUUCAGGGAAAUAGUACCCAUUUUACAGUUGAUUAUACAGCGGUUUAUCAUGUAAAUUCAAAUCCAAUUUCAAAAUAUUAUAAUAGAAAGGUAUGUAUUAAAUCAGUACCAUAUGGAACUUACUUAUCAAAUAAUAAUGGUGUGAUUGAAAUGAGUGAAAAGCUACGUAAAUAUGAGGAAUGGUUCAUUGAAAGAGCUGCAACUGGUCCAAAUUCAUUGGAUACUGAUAUCUAUAUUUUCAGUAAAACAUUCAACAAAUAUUUAACCUUUAAUCCAUCAACGAAUCAAUUAUCUCAUGGUUCAAUUUGUGAAAAUAGUAUAUGGCGUUUAGAAGGUAACACUCAAUUAAAUCAUGAAAAAUUCACUCUAUUCUCUGAUACUUUUAAUCAAUAUAAUUUAAGAGCAUUUGCAAAUGGUGAUACUGAAAAUGGACUUUUUUUUAAUGCAAUGAAUUUAUCAAAUACACCCAAUUACAUUCAGAAUAUAAUAAUAAAACAAUCAAUAAAUAAUGAAUCAUCAUUAAUUAAUUUUAUGUAUUUUGUUUCAGAAAUUCAAAGUAUUAAUGAAAUAAACAACCAAAAAAUAAGACAAACUCUAUCAUUAGUUUGCAAGAGAUGGUAUCAAUUUAUAAAUCAAACACAUAUAUUAGAUAUUGAUUCAAAAGGAAACCAUGGUAUGAAGAAAAACUUAUACAAUCAUGAUGAUGAUGAUGAUUGUAAUGAAAUUGAAAAUUCAAUAGAAAUGUCACAUCCAAACAGUAUAAAAGAAAUUAAAAAAAUAAAGAUUAAUUAUAAUAUUUGGAAUGAAAUUAAUAAUAACAACAAUAAUAAUAAUAAUAAUAAUAAUAAUAAUGAUGAUAUCAAUGAUAUCAAUUAUGAAUAUAAAGAAAAAGAUAAAUUAUUAGUUUUUAAAUUUCAAAAUUGGUUAUCAAAAUUUCAAUUAUUAGAAAAAGUAACAGUAAACUGUUUUGAUACUAUCAAAGAUUUAGAAUUUAUUAAAUUUAUUAUUGAUCAAUUACAAGAGUUUUCAAAAAAAAGAAUAUCAAAUUCAUUGAAUGUAACAAACACAAACAUUAUAAUCAUUAAUAUUAAUGUACUAUCAAAUCAUGAUGUUAAAAUAAAAGAAUAUCCAAACCAAUUAAAAUUAUCAAAUUAUUAUCAUGAUGAUCAACAACAACAACAACAACAACAACAACAACAACAACAACAACAACAACAACAACAACAACAACAAUUUAUAAAAAUUAAUAAAAUUAAAAUGGAUUUAAAGAAAUAUUUAGGAAAUUUAGAAGAAAUUAUAAAGAACAAAGUUGAUAUUAAAUAUUUUAAAGAUUGUUUAAUUGAUGUAUGGACACCAAAUUAUUUAUAUUUAAAUCAAGUUAGAGUUGAUAGAGAUGAACUAGAUGGUACUAAAUUUCAUUCAAAUGAAUAUAGCACUUUAUUUAAACUAAAUUCUUUAAAACAUAUCUCUAUUGGUAAAAAUGAUUAUCUUGAUUUAAUUGAUUUAGUUAAUUGUUUAAAGGUUAAUGAUAAUAGCAACAACAACAACAAUAAUAAUAAUAAUAAUAAUAAUAAUAAUAAUAAUAAUAAUAAUAAUAAUAAUAAUAAUAAUAAUAAUAAUAAUAAUAAUAAUAAUAAUAAUAAUAAUAAUAAUAAUAAUAAUAAUAAUAAUAGUAAUAAUAAUAUAGAACAAUUACAAUCAUUUGAAGUUUAUUUAGAUUUAAGUAUUCAUUUAGAUGGACAUGAUAGAGUUGAAAAUGAUUUUGAAAAUGGUAAUUGUGAUUUAAUUUAUUGUCAUCUUACAUCACCACCAUUGCUUGAUUCUGUUGAAAAAUUAGAAUCUAGAAAUACCUAUGAAGAUUGGUCAGAAUUUUGUAAUAUUUUAUCAAAAAACUCAACAUUAAAAGGAAUUUCUUUGAAAAAUUAUUGUAGUUUUGAAAGUGGAGAAGAGUAUCAUCAUCAUAAGCAUGAAGAAAGUAGAUCACAAUUAUUUGCAUCAAUUUGGGUUAAUAAUUAUUCAAUAGUUUAUUUAAAUUUGGAGAAUUUCCCAUUCUUAUCAAGUGACUUUUUUUCAAAUAUUAAUCAAUAUAAUAAAACAUUGGUACAUUUAACAUUUGGUGGGAAUACUAUAAAAACUAAUGAAUCAAUUGAACUAUUAAAUCAAUUCAUUAUGGAUAAUAAAACAGUAAAGUCAAUGACAAUUUGGAAUGAUUAUCCAAUCACUUUCUAUAAUAAAUUAUCAAGUGGUUUAAGAUUAAAUAAAACCAUCAAACAAUUUGAAAUAUUUUUUUUCUUGUAUGGAAAAACUGAUCAAAAUAGAAUAAGAUGUGAAGAUUUCUUUAAAUCAUUAUUGGGUUCAGAUUCUUUGGAAUCCAUCUCCAUUAAUUCAGAGAUUGAACUCUCUGCUUCCGAUUACUUUAACCAAUCAAAAUCAUUAUUAAACAAAUUCAUUUUAAAUCUUUCAAAAUUCGAAUAUGACGAAUACGGCUCAAAUUUUAAUUUUAAUAAAAUAAAAAAAGCUUUUCAUUGA